AAGAUGGCAGGAAAGUGCUCAUUUAUCUGUUGUGUAUUACUUUUUGUGUCUUCUGUACGUGGAAUUGAUUAUUCCCACACUGAAUUGUUGAAUGGAACUGCCUACAAAGUACAUUGGAUGUUCGAUAAUGAAACGGAGACAUUUUACUUCAAAGUUGAAGUCAACACUACUGGUUGGGUUGGAUUUGGCGUGUCACAACUGUUGUUUCCGCGGAAAGAGGGCUUGGAGUGGAAUAGGAAUUCAAUGGACCAUUAUGAUGUUAUUGUCGGCGGAGUUGAUGAGAAUGGAACAAAGUAUUACAAGGUUAGUAUUCGAGAUGGAGUGUGGUUCGAUUCCGCACCACGGGUGAUAUGGUAAUAAACUACGUAGCGGCUUCUUUGUUCAAUUUUUUGUACGUAUGAUGUGCAAGUAUGUGUGUCUGUACGUUCUUUUCUCCCAUAAAUGUCGGGUGAAUAACGUGGGUUAAACUAGGGACAAAGUGUAGACUUGUCCUCUCAUGAUCAAUUUUUUACUCAGUAAUGGUCACGUACAUUUCGCCGGCUGAGUUUAAACGAGACAUGAAAUUAUAAAUGUCUGAAAUGUUGCGUGUUUUAUCUAAGAAAAAUUUCCAUUGAAUUAUAACUAGCAAUAGUUCUCACUAAAGCUGCCCCCACUUUUUUUUAUAUUAUGGAUUGUAGAGUAUCUUCUGAAGUGAAACUUUGUACAGGGAAUGACCCUGUUUUUUUUCCAACCCUUUUUAUUGGGCUGCCCCGGCCGGGCAAAGCCCAAUCAAAAAAUGGAGGCCGCCUCGCCCGUGCAGGAAAAAGACAAAACGGCGGACGGAUCAGGUUUCCCGUCCGCCCUCCCCUGCGCUGUUGCUAAACGUCUUUCUUUUUGAGCGAAAGUGGUGGGUAAUUACAGAUGAAAAUGGUAGUGGUAAGGGAACAAAAAUAAUAUUCUUGUCUAAAGAUAAUAGUCCUAUCUUAUCACCUAAAAAACAGGAAAAAUUGAUUGCGUAGUAAGCCUCUUGUGAAAAGCUCCUUUCACUUGUCUCCUGUCCCCUCAGUACUUUCAGUCACUACUGUAAAAGAGCCUGGAUUGAAACACGUUUCAGUUCCAACACUUUAUAUUGCGAAGGGACGAUCGGUUGCAUUUGAAUCAAUUUGAAGAGGGAAAUUCAUGUUUGGAAACUGGACCAAGGCAAUGCUCACUCCGCAUACACAUCCAUACAGCGUUCAUGGUAGGUCCACACUCAAAGAUGGUUGUGAGUGUUUUUGGGACAGACCGGUCUGUGAACUCAAAGAGAAAUGUAAGACUUGUAAUGAAAUGAGCAAACUUUAUGAACUAUCUGUGAGCAUAAAAUUAAUGAUGAGCAAACUAUGAUUGCAAUAAAUCGACUGAACACUUCACUGUGAGCUGUUGUAUGGGGAAAAAAAAAACAACUCAGAUGCUGCCUGGAAAAAUGUUGGAAAAGUUCAACUGAAAGUUUAUGUGUUGAUGAAAACAACAGCAUGUCUUACUAUAAAAGGAUCACACUUGAGCUCUCUUUGAUAUGCUCUGUCAAUAAUAAACAAAUAGAAAAAUAGGAACACCAAACAGCAAUUACUCUUAAGUUUAAUGGUUAAGGCUAGGAAACUGAGUGAAUUGAAUCCGAAUCCUUAUACAUUCAACUUGAAUAAUCCAGCCUGGAGUGCGGCAUUGUCGUAUCAAAGAUUUGCCAGUGAUAUAUUCAAAUCAAAAAAAUAAUGCAAGCACGAAUACAAACUUCAGCUUCAGGUGUUGGGUCUUAGCAAAUAAUUUCUUCCUUCAAGUCCUUUGAAAGAGGACAAACAGAAAUGAUUCGAGGAUAAGUAGUGUUUUUAUUUAUUUAUUUAUUGACAUUUUUCUUUUCUGACGUGAUUGAACUCGCAUUCUAGUAGAAAGCCAAUCAAGCAUGAAGCAUACAUUCAUGCAAAUAAUUAUUUCUCUGGGGUCAUUUCACAUUUUAUGAUAUCUUUAUGUCAUGAUUGUGAAGACGUUCCAUGAACUUGAAUAAUGUUAUCUACUUUAUCCAAGAUCUGGAAAAUACGGGAAGAAGACGAUUAAAUUUUUAAUACACAAGAGUUGGAGGACAGAAAAGUAAUUGGCAAAAAAUGUCAGUCUGGACCAAUAGCUCUGCUUUCAUGUCAUGUCAUGUCACAGAACCAAAUUGUCACACAAGUCGGCAGACCAUUGUACCCCCAUUUAUGGGGUUCUUGUUUCUUAUCUGAGAGGCGUUGUUAUUUGAAUAAAUCUGGAAAGUGCAAGGUGAGAGGUUUUAUUAUCAUCAUAUGCUUUUGCCCAGUUAUCCCUGGUUUCACUCGCAUGGGACUGAGGCGUAGGUCAAAUGGGUUGUUUUCAGUCAUGGUGCAUUUCAAUAAUGAGCUGACUCUGGCCUCAGUUUAUUGCACAAGUCAGAUUUGUUGUAAGUAGCUCUCCCUAAUGGACUUGAUGUCUUUUAUCUACUGUAAUAAAGACAGAUAUGUUAAUUUUUUUGAAAAUUUAAUCAAACAACAAGCUAAUAUGUAUCUAUUUUGAGUCAAACAGUUUAAGAGCUUAUGUGUUGAAUAAUUUGAAUAGAAUUUGAAUUUGAACAUGAACGUCAUAAAAUAUAUCUACCGGUAACAGUCAGUAAAUUAUAUCAAAAUUAUGAACAUGUGUUGUUAUUAAAUUUGUGGUCUGCUAAUGCAAGUUAUAAUAUUUCUCACAGUCAAAUUUGAUAAAUGUGGGAAAAAAACAUGAUGUAACCUCCAAAAAACUGUCAACUGCAUAGGAAUAAAUAUGAGAGGUGUUUAGUACAGAAUUCAUAAAAUGUCCUGUCUUAGCAAUAACUACUGGAGUUAUUUCACACACAUGUAGCUUAAGUUCCCCCUGGUUUUCAUCUCCCAUUGAGCUGCUGUAAGCUAAGGAAUCUGUUACUUUACAAAAUGUGUUGCUUAAUUCAUAUAUUGCGAAAACAAUCCUUCCUUAAACUUUUUUUUCAGUGCAGCCAAAUUGGAAAACUCUUUUACAUCGGAACAAAGAUCAUCAAUAUAGGUCCAUUUUUCUUGACUGAGAACUGCGCAAGUAAAAUGUUUAUCACAUGAUUGCACCAUCCCUUUCAACUUGUAUUCGGUUUGGCCUACAUUUAUAUUUUUAUACAACUUUAUCACAUUCAUAAGCUCUGGAGAGAAUUCAAUAAAAACAAACUUUGAGUGUGCUACAGGGGUCAAAAUUGGCCUAACACAUAGGAGUUUCACAAUCGAGAGCAGUUUAACUUUCCAGGGUAAGUUUGAAUAGCAGAAACAAACUGUGGCCAGGAAUUGUAAUUCAGCUCAGAUGAAUGAAACACAACAAUAACAACAAUAGCCUGUGAAGAAGAAAGGGACAUGUUUCAAGAACAGUCCUUUGAUCAAAGUGUAUUGAAAAAACUAACAGAGGAACUGUCGCAAACUAACAAAGUAAGAAGAAGGAAAAAGGUUCUGGCAGGGAAAGAGUGUGCAAGUAUUCAAACAUUGUAUUUGCCCUUGCGUGUGAUCUAUUUUAGCCACUUGACAAAGGGUUUUGAGAUAAACUAACAGCAGUUUUCCAAAAAUUGCUACUUUUAUGGCACUGCUCAAACUCUUGAACACAGGAUGGUGAAAACUGUGAGAACAUUCGGCCUCGUUGUAAACAUUUGAUGCACAGAAGUGAACUAAGUAUUGUCAAGUCGCGCCGGCGGAUUCGCACGUUCUCGAGAAUGUUUACCUUUUUUUGGUAAGAGAACGGGUAAAGCAAACUUGAAAGUUACAGAACCAUCUCUCAGGAAUUCUCCUAUUCAAAUAGUUUUGUGAGUCUUCUCUUCUGAAGUGAAGCAAGCACACUUUCAUUCUUUUAACACUGUGAUAGUACAUGUAAAGUGCUUACAUUCGCCGUGCUGAAUCACUUGAGUCCUUUCUUUCUUUGUAAAGAAACUUGUCAAAGGGAAGAUAAUCAACUUUCAUUUCUGCUGGAAACUUGCAGUCUUCCUUCAAUCAGCACGGUAACAUCACUCAUGAGUUCUGUUCCCUUUCUUAUUAGGGAGCUUAAGCAAGAACUAUGAAAAUGGCAGAAAACAUCACUAAAGAAAUGAAUUUUCACUUUUCCAAACUUUAUUACAAAUAAUUAUUUAGACAUGCUCAAUUUGUCAAAUGUGGGUGAUUUUUCCCAGAUUUUAAUCAAUUCUUAAAGGCCUGUAUCCUGAUUAAAAUAAAAAGGUAGAAUUAGUCAUUGUGUGUUCACGUCACCCAUAAAACGUCACAUUAGAGAGACUUUUUCACAUCCUAGUUGUGUGGAGGACGUCAAAGAAAAGUACUAAAAAGUGUGGUGCACAUGCAGAGCUGUUGUUUUGCUCAUAAAACCAACUGUUUUUUCAUGUUGUCAUCUUCGUGGUUACUGAAGCUCUAUAUUGUAUGAUUGUACAAAAACCUGUUGCUAGACAUUUUGUGUAAUUUCCAUUUAUUCUAGAAAAUAAGUACAUCUACAGCUGCUGCCCCUUAUCAUUUCCAUUUGGAACAGCGGUGUGAAUGAAAUACAUGUAUAUUUGUACUCAAGAAAAAAAAGCCUCUCUUGGUUACCUGUUAAGGACCAACCGUACUAUCACCAAGCUAUUAUGUCCUUCAAAUGCAUGAAUAUCCAUAUCUUACGUCCCGAUUUAUUACCCAUGAGCAGGUUAGCAAACGAACAACUUGGAGUAGCCAAAAGCUAAACAUCCCUCUUUUCAGAACAGCCUCCAGAAUGAGAACCUUUUAUUGCAGGAUUGUUAAGCUUUGGAACAAUUUGGAACCUUUUCUUAAAUUAAGCCAAUCUCUUCAAAUUUUUAAAUGUUCCUUAAGGAGCCAGCUUUUAGACAAUGUUGUAAAUACUUUGUAGUUAAGUUUAAAAACAUUGUAAUUAGCAUUAAGUUGAGUAUUGUGAUUAGUUAUUAUAAAUAAUGUAAUGCUUUUAAAUAAUGAUUGUUCCUUUCCUUUGGGGAGGUAACAAUAAAGUAUUUAUGUAUGUGACAGGCAAAGAGUUGAUUUCCUUCUUCCUCUUAAUGUCACCUUUCUUGUGAAUGGCAAUAUUUUUACAUACAAUGGAUACACUUGCAUAUUUUUUGGAUCCAUGGACAAAAUGACAGGCUACUGGGAGACAUCACUAGCAUCACAGUAUUUAAGUUUGGCACUUUCCAACUUACAACUGAAAUUCCCCUGUAGUCAGUGACAGUUGCGGGCAUCACACCAUCAUAACUUUGUUUGAUUUGAUUGUUAACAUCAAUCUUUGGAUACUUGUAUCUCUCAGGAUUACAUGACAGAUGGGAAUGUCCAUCCCACCCCAGAUGCCAAACAGGGGUCUGACUGGAUUGUAACAAAUCUUACUGAAGUGGAUGGCAGGACGAUGAUAGAAUUUACAAGGAAGCAGAAUACUAGUGAUACUGAUGACCAUGUCAUUGGGGUAAGCACAUUGCACUGUAACGGUAAAACAUCCUAACUUAUAGUUCAAAAUGGUGAAGAUCUUAUUAAUGUAGACCAAAACUGUGCGUGCUUUUAAGCUAACAGUGUUUACCAAUGUUCCCCCUAAUUUUUAGCUCAGCAAGUGAGGGACCAUCAAUGGACAGUAAGGCAAAAGAUAUGUGCCAGAGGCGCACUUUCCUGGGGAGGGGAGGGGAGGGGAAGUGAAGUUAGGGACAUGACCCUGCCCUCACUGGGAAAUUUAGGAGCUAAUUAAGUUCUCUGAAAUGUCAUUCCCUCAUUUUAACCCAUUCGCCCCUGAGCUGCCCAUAACUCCCUGUGCAGAUCCAUGCCCUUUCUACUGCUUGUGACAUCAUCAGUUUUGAUGUUCAAGGACAAUUUUGUCCGCCAACUUGUGCAGAGUGAAGAGAUCUUUCGGACCGUACCAGAAUGAGCACAAUUCUGUCAAGGACACCAGAGAAAAAGGCAAAAAACCAUGUAACAUUGACUGACCCUAAUCUUGUUCCAUUACCCACCUACCUUUCCUUUCAUCUAAUCCUAAGAUCCUAAAAGCUUUUUCCCACCAAAAUGAAGCCUACUAAAUGCCCAGCAAGAGAAAAAAAAAAUCAAAAAAAGCAAAAAAAGAGGGGAGGAGAGAAAGAGAAAAUAAAAGUCAAGACUGCUUGUUUUCUGCGCAUGCAUGCUUGAACUUUGCAAGCUUAAAUAUUUUGUAUCUGGAUCAGAAGUCCGUGAAGUGUAUGACCUGUAAACGGCUUUGUGCUAAGUUUUAGCUCGUUACAGUACGACAAUGACCAGAAAACCACUUGAUUACUAUAGCUUCAAAACGUGUUUUUCGGCAAAAUCUCCAGGGUUAAUACCUACUGUAAAACACCCCGAAAAUUACCCCCUCCAUGAUCGUACAAGCCCCUCCAAACUGAAAAUAUUAGCCCCCCAAAUUUGAACACAAAAACACCUUCGUUAAAUCUCUAAGCUCUUGGGGGCUUGUACUUGGAAAUUGCCCUCAAAUACAAAAAAACAGACAAAGCAAAAACAGUACAGCAACAUAUAAUUUUUUUUAUUUGCCUAAGAACUAUUACAUGUGCCAAAGUGAUUGCAGUCAAAAAGUGUUACAGUUUAUUGCUGUUUGCGUAGUUCACUCCUCACUCUUGACUUGGGUUUCUAGUUGUUAAGAUACUUUGUGCUCCAUACUUUAUCAUUUAACAUUAAUUUACCUUUUAGCGGAGUAUUGCAUUUCAAUAAAUGAAUUUGCCAUUGUGUCUUCAGGGAUUUCAAUAAGCACCGACGACCGACAAAACACAUCGGCUACUUUGCUCAGAGCAGUCAGCUACUUUUUUCCUCAAAAGGGAAGCAAUUAGUUUAAAAAUGUCCUAAACAAAAAAAUAUAUCAUUAAUUGAUUGUGUGGCUGUGAAACCUGAAUGAAAGCUAUAUGUUUUUAAUUGAAAAAUACGCUCUUCUGACGUGCUCAAUUAAGUCCCGGGAACACUGGAAAUCGCAUUUUAGGACUUUGAAAUUCCAAAAUUUUCCUGGGGUAGCAUACCCCAAGACACCUCCCGGAAGAAGGGGAUUAACACCCCCUUGUUGAUACAGUCGGUUUGUCUAUUUAAACCUGCUGGCUACAUGUACUUCAAUUGUUAUUGAAACCCGUUUAAAAAGAUCUACGUCCUCACGAUGGGUUCAGUCAGUAAAAACUUCUUGCAAAUUACUGACAUAAAUUUCCUUCCAACCAUAAACUAGCCCAAUCGAUUUUUAGACACAAAUUUCAUUCCAAGUAUAAGCCUAGCCGAUUUUGAAAAGCAAAUUUCCCUUCGCUUAUUUUCAGAAUUUUACACAAAUCAGCCGUUGUUAUCUUCAAGCAACAAUUUAAAACAUUUGAUUCCAAAACUUUUACUCUGUCUGAAACGAUCUCUUUCCAAAAUCAUUGCUUGUAAAAGAACAGCUGUAUACUUAAGUACUUUCUUCAUAUACAUGUAUUCAUUCCAGCAUUUCCUUGUGAGAGUUGGAUCAGAUCACAACUUGCAUAUUUUUUAAGACUACUUAUUUAUUAAUUAACUUUAGUAAACCUUCAAGCGGUUGUAGGCGGUAAGAACUGUUGCUUCAGGUCGUAAAUUUUCCGGUUACAGUGUCUGCAUGAUGAGGAGAACACUCAGGUUUACAAUGUGUUUGAAGUUGUCAGUGAUAAACGUAGGCGAUUGUUUUGAAAGAGAAUACCUACAGCUGUAAGUUGGCCGGCGGGCACUUUUUUCUCUCUUGCAUGACUUUUACAUGUAGCAUUUAUGAAGUCAUUCGCGUGGCUUGUAAACAAACCACAGCUUGUAAACAAACGAACGACUCCAUAAAAGCUAAAAGCCAUACAAGAGAGAAGCCUCUGCUAGAUUUAAUCUUUCUGUUUGAGACAAGAGUGGUUACUAAACUACCGUAAUAAUUUAUUGUUAUAAACAUUAUCUAGAUAAGUCUGGCCCUUCAUGACACUUCCCAGAAUUAAAGUAAAUCGUUGUUAUUAAUUUCUAUAGUGAUUGUUCAUUUUUCAUGUCUUAAAAACCAGGUGAAUGAUGCUUGAAGUUUGCUAAAUUUUCAUGUGGCAGGCAUCCCAGACUUCCUAUAUUUCCUAUUUACAUGUAUCCAAUAAUUUGUACAGGAUCCUAUAAAGAGGCUAUAUUUCAAGAAAUGCUCCUGUAUUUGCUAUAAAUAGGACAUAUUCUGAUAUCUGCAUUUUGCGCUGUGAAGCAGUUUUGUUGUGAAUUAACAAAAUCAAAAUUCUUUAUCGGUAAAAAUAGUAUUCCCUUACCAAUGAUUCUUAUUUGGUGAAGCUAAUUAAAUUUAAUAUUAAAAUAAUUAUGAUUCAAAACUACUUAAAUUUGUUGCAAAGUUUUUGUUUUGAGUAAACUCUGUGUUCCCACAAGAAGCAGUUGAAAUUUGCAAUCGCUUUUUUGUCCGCCAUUUAUGGGUUUUGCCAAACCUGCCCACCAAUAUCAAAAGACAUGACGCAAGUUACUUGUUUUUAGUAUGAAAUCUACUUUUAGCUCCUAUAAAGAGCCUAUAUUUUGAACUGGUACAGCCUAUUUUUCCAAUCAGAUUUUCCAAAAAGUGGCUGGGAUGCCUGAUGAGGGGAUAAUAGUUUAAGUGUAUGACAAAUGGCCAAAAUAUUAAUUAUUAUUACUGGUAAAAAAAUUAUCAUACUAGAAUUGAUUGCAUGGUAUGUAAUAUGGUUCUGUGGAUCAUUGUAAAAUUUAACUUGAGGCAGGGUCUGACAAAUGUGAAAAAUGUGGCAAGUUGAAAAAACUGCCAGGCACGUGUUUGACAUCCGGGCAAGCUGUAACAUUUUGACUACCGUAUUUAUUCGAAUAAGCGCCCAACCUCGAAUUAGCGCCCACCUCGAAUAAGCGCCCAUCCUAAAGGCAGAAAAAUUUAAUAAGCGCCCAGCCUUGAAUAAGCGCCCACCCCCCACCUCCUCACAAUCAAACUCAAAUAAGCGCUCGCCCCCACCCCAUCCACUUGAGUGAAUAAAUUCUAAUAAGAGACUUCCCCAAAGACGGAGUUUUCUUCAGAGUAUUUUACAGAAGCCUUGCUUUUUUACUUCUUCGCGUUUUGUUGUUAGCAUUAUUGUUUUGUUGCAAAGUAAACAUACUUCACUUGCUGAAAAUAAUGAACACUUAAUAAGCGCCCAGCCUCGAAUAAGCGCCCACUCUCAAGGUCCAAAAAUUUAAUAAGCGUCCAGGGCGGUUAAUCGAAUAAAUACAGUAACCGGGUAUUUUCCGCAACUUUCAAAAACAUGGCACAGAGGCCUAUGAUGCUUCAUUCUCUCUUUUGGUUUGUUACAACUUUGUUUUGUUUUAUUUACCAAAUGAUUUUCAUUAAUAAGUUACUAACAGUGCUCCAUGGUCAAAAAGCUCAAAAGAUUACACAGUAGAGAAUUAGAUGGAACACCUGUUUAGAGAUUUUUAUGAUUGCAACAGAUGAUUGAAUUUUUUUUGGUCAAUCCGAUUGUUAUUUUUUGAUAAUUUACAUGUAUAGCCUGUAUUAUGAAAUCUUGCCCCAAUUCCCUACACCAACAAUUGCUGUUUUAUAAUCACUCUUGAUAUUAUUAAUAAAUUAUACUCUUUCAUUUCCAGAAAUAUUAUGCUCUGUACUGAGUUCAGUGCCCUUAAUAUCUUAUUUCCAGCACUAAUGCCAGUAUAUAUGACUUUCAAAUUGAUAUUCUUACUCCCUACUGGGUUCUUUGCGGGCACUGUUUUUAUGGUACGUUCAAUUUUAUAUUGAAGGAAAUUACAAGUAUGUGAGGUGAAGUUGUAUGGUAAGCCAAUUUUUUGUUAUUUUUACAGCCUGGACUUCGGUGGAUAGUGUGGUCUUAUCAUAAUUCAUCAGACGUGACCACAAAGCCAGACUGGCAGAAACAUACAGCUAAUGGACAUUAUGAGAUUGAUUUUAUUAAGUUACCAAGAGAACCACCUGUGGUGGAAUAUGUCCGAACUGAAGCACCCACUUCAGGUGCUUUUGCAGCCUCUGUCAUUGGUAACUUUCUUCUUAUAAUUGUGGGUUUAAUAUUCUUUUACUAGUCUUGAGUUGUGCAAAAUUUUGUAUUUGUGUCUGCUUUUACUUCAUGCACUGUGACUGAAUGCAAUAUUGUGUUUUUAGAUGUAAUAAUUGUAAGCAAAAAAAUACGUGUAUGCAUUGGUUAGAUUAAAGGUUAUCAUAAAUUGUAUGUACAGUGGUACAACAGGUAUGACUGUUAUGAAAUACAGGUUAGAUUAACGUCUUUUGAAAUGAUUAUUGCAAGAUAGCCAGCCACUUCAGUAUAUUCUACACCUAUGCUCUUUUUUCAAGAUUAUGGUGGGAGCUAAUUUAAGAUUCUACAGUGUACACUCUACAUGAAUAAUAAAUAACAAAAUUGAUACAACCCAUUGAAAGGAAAAGAAAUCAACUGUACAUCUCAUCCAAACUCUACCUGUCAAAUAUAUAUAUGCCUUGAUAAGCUAAUAAAACAUUUUGGAUGCAUCACAUAAAUGCAAGCGUAAUUGGCUUGUGUCAAGUGAAAAUAAAUGACAGAACAAGUGCAAAGCGCAAGAAAAAGAAAAAUUUUAAUUAUUCUUGCUGCUUGCAUCAAGACUCUUUACACUCUUACCCCAGUGGUUGAGUUUUUACUUACGUUGGGGGAAAAAAGCAGGCUAUCCGAUUCAAGUAUUAUAUGCAUAAGAUUUAACCCAUUCGCCCCUGAACCGCCUCUAACCGCCCGUGCGGGGCCCCGUGCGGAUCCACGUCCUUUCUACCCUUUGUGACGUCAUCAGUUUUAACGGUCAAGGACAACUUUGUUCGCUAACUUGUGCAGAGUGAAGAGAUCUUUCAAACCAUACCAGAAUAAGCACAAUUAAGUCAAGGAUAGCGGAGAAAGAAGCAAAAAACCAUGUGCCAUUGACCUGAAAAUCUCCAUGAAAAUCUUGUUCCAUUGCUCACCUACCUUUCCUUUCACCUAAUCCUAAGAUCCUAAAAGCUUUGCUAAAAACUCUUCCCACCAAAAUGAAGCCUACAAAAUGCCCAGCAAGAGAAAAAAAAGGGAGGCAAUGAGGCAAGAAACGCGAAGAGGGAAGGAGAGAAAGCCAAAAGUAAAAGUCAAGACUGCUGUGUCACUUUUGAACCCAAAAACUCUCGAAAUUUUGCUUUCUGUGCAUGCCCGAACUUCGCAAGCUGAUAUUUUGCUUCUGGAUCAGAAGGCCGCGAAGUGUACGACCUGUAAACCGGUUCGUGGUAAUUUUUAGCUCUUUAUAGCACGACAGUGACCAGAAAACCACUCGACUAGCUUCAAAACGCGUUUUUCGGCAAAAUCUCCAGGAGCGAAUGGGUUAAAGAUAAAAUGGCCAGAAAUGUGCAUGUGUUGGUCUCAGAGACCGGCCCACGUAUCAUCAUCCAGCCCGUUAGUACAGUUGAGGUACACAAGGUUUAGAGUGUCUGCGACGUAGGCUAAUCUCACUGUGAUGUUGAUGUUAAUUGCUUUGAAUAUUAAAGGAGAUUGUAGGGUUUUGACAUUUUAGCUGUUACAUUGGUGUAUAAUGGUAUUAGGUCUCACGUUUUUAUAAUGUAACAAGGAUAGUUUGGCAAAAAUAGUGGCUGAAAACUUGGAGCUUGUAAAAGUGACAAGUGGCAUAUCCAACAUGAAAAAUGGUGUUUCAUUACAUCAAACAUCAAACUCGGAAAAAAGAAUUGAAAAUAAGCUUAGUGUUUUAUUUUGAGGGAAUGUCUAGCUGCUUGAGAAAUUGUGAUGAGACACUGUUUUAAUCACUUCUCUCAACAAAAUGAUUUAAAAGGAGAAAUCAAGUAUUCCAAAGUGAUGAACUUUUUAUCAGGCAUCGUUUUUCUUUUGUUUUUAUUUUUUUAUUUUUGUUAGUUAUUUUAAAACUACUUUACUUUUUAACAAAUGAACUACAGUUUUUAUGUCAUGUACACUAUGUCAGUAAUUUGAAGAUAGUCAGUGUUUUAUCAUUGAUAUUAAAUAGCUAUUUUAAAAAACUGAACUCUGAACUAUAUAAUCUUAAUGGGUGAAGGUGUACAUUUUACCUCAUUUGUAGUUGUUUCAUGUUAGGAUAAGUUUGUUUAUUAAGAACUGUUAUUAUAUUGAACUUUCCUCUUCUGGGGUUUUUGAAUUUACACAGCUCUUGGGGGGAAAAAAAAAACUGCAUUCAGUGCUUAAUCGUUGUUGUAACAUAACAAGCGAAAUUUGUUCCAUUACACCUUAAAACAGUCGCAUCUUUUUAAAACAAAUACGACCGAGGCUGUUGGAUAAGGAAGGGGUACAUUGUACCUAUAUAUUAUAGAGGUUUUUAACCUGCUACUGCUACUCAAGUACCUCAUAAUACAUCGUAGUUUGAAUGAGUCAGCCCGUGUCUUUGAAAGAAGUUCUACAAAGUAGAAAUGUAGAGCUGUAUCCUAGAGUCAGGAGAGGUUUGCUCUUUAUUGCAUUGCUUUAGACACAGUAGUAGUUAUUAGUAUUGGUUCUGUUAAUGCUGCCGCUGGCCGUACAUCAUAAUUUCCCGCCUCACCUUAAAGGGCCUAUAUGUCAUGGUGAGUUCAACAUAUUUAUUUAAGAGAAGCUGAAAUUAUAACUAAGUAUUUUCAGCCAUCUUUUGACUGUCAUACGCAAAACUCCUAAAAGAUAGAUUUCAAUUUUUUCUGUUGAAAGGUGAAAACAAAGCACGCUUUUUAGUCUUAGUGACAACACACGAAAAAGUCAGCGUGGUUUUUUUUUUUUUUUUCAAACUGCAAUCCGUUUUCAUUCUGUGGUACCUAUCGAAAGCUAAACUGAGCCUGACGUAGCUUGAGUUAUGGUAUAUUAGUAGAGUAGUUUUGAAUAAAACUUAGCCAUCAUUUCGGGAUUUCGUUUGAUACCAAUGUUUUAAGUGAAUCCAAAAAUUGUAACAUAGCUCCCUUUCCAAACUUAAAAGCUUUAAAGUACUGUACCAGGGCUCGCACUUUAUACUUUACUAUAGCGGUCAUAUACUCACAAGUAUUAGUUGUAUAAAUCUGUUCGAGAUGUUACUCAAGCAUGUACAUUAAAAUUUAUUGUGAAG